CCACGUACCUACGAAGGAAAACAAUAUCGAACCAGCGUCUAUAUGCACGAAGCGCACGUCAGCAAUCCAAGGAUUACGCCUCGCAGAGAUAGAAACGAAAAGAACAGAAACGAAGUGAGAAAAGAAGCAGAAAAUUCACACAUUUUUCUCACAGCUUUCCAGAUUAGUGUCCCUCACUUUCUCUCUCUCAAAGACCGAGUAUCUUCACCUGAAAAAGAAAACGUUUCUUUUGAAAAACCCUAAAAGAAACGAUGGAUGAAGGUUUGGUAAGGUUCGGGGAGGGCGCGGAUCAGUUCCAUCAUAACGAGGCGAUCUCGGCGGUUGCGGACGAGGGUUUCCUUGGCGAAGAGGAUGAAGAUUACGAGGAUUUGUACAACGACGUGAAUGUUGGGGAAGGGUUUUUACAAUCUCUGAGAAAGGGCGAAGAAUUAGAUUUAAGGAAUGAAGAGGAGAAGAAGAUAGAGUCGUUACCAAGGGCAGCAGCGGAUCAGGACGCUGUAUCCAUACGGGGCGUCGGUGAGGGUAGUGGUAAUGGUGGUGUUGGGGAUGUUGGUGAGGUUAGGCUUUCUGGGUUUCAGAGUGAUCAAGGGUUUAGAGUGAAUGUGGUCAAGGGUACGGUUGGAUCGGGGAGUGGUGGGAUUAGGGUUGAGUUAGGGCAAGGGGGAAUAACGAGUAAGAUGAAUGAGGUUGAGGAAGGGAAUAAUAUUACUUCAGGGGUUCAAGGUAUCGUUGGGGGGCAGCAAUCACGUGGUGGUGGUGCAGUUAAUGUAGGUAGUGUGGGGAAUGGGGCUUUGGUGAGGCACACUGGUGGAGGAAAUGUGAAUGGGAUUGGUGGUGAUGGAGUUGCAGAUAGUGGUGGUAGUGGUGUCGGUGUAGGAAGAGGUAGUGGUGUUGGUGUAGGAGGAGGUGGUGGAGCUGGUGGUAUUGGCGGUGUCAGUGCCGGAGGUGGGGGUGGAGGAGGAGGUGGGGGAACGAUACUGUUUGUGGGUGAUUUGCAUUGGUGGACUACAGAUGCGGAAUUGGAAUCGGAGCUGUGCAAGUAUGGACCGGUGAAGGAGGUGAAGUUUUUUGACGAGAAAGCGAGUGGGAAAUCAAAAGGGUAUUGCCAGGUUGAGUUUUAUGACCCAGCUGCAGCAACUGCAUGUAAGGAAGGGAUGAAUGGUCAUAUGUUUAAUGGUAGGCCAUGUGUUGUUGCAUUUGCAUCGCCAUUUAGUGUUAAGAGAAUGGGGGAGGCUCAAGUGAAUCGAAACCAACAGACGGCACAAGCUGCUCAAGCAAGAAGGGGGCCUAAUGAUGUUCCAGGUAAGCCCGGUGGGAGCAACAAUGGAUCAAGCGGGAAUUAUCAAGGUGGGGAUAAUAAUAACAACAGAGGUUAUGGGAGAGGGAAUUGGGGAAGAGGUACUGCACAGGGGGGAAUGGGGAAUAGAGGGCCAGCUGGGCCCAUGAGGAAUAGGGGUGGUGGGAUGGGAGGGAGAGGUAUAAUGGGCAAUGGUGGUAAUGGGUUUGUUCAGGGUAUUGGUGCAACCCCACCUUUGUUGCAUCCUCAGUCUAUGAUGGGUCAGGGUUUUGAUCCAGCAUUUGGUGGGCCUAUGGGGAGAAUGGGUGGUUAUGGAGGCUUUCCAGGUGCUCCAACACCUCCAUUCUCCGGGAUUUUGUCUUCGUUCCCCCAUAUGGGAGGUGUUGGUUUGCCUGGAGUAGCCCCUCAUGUGAAUCCGGCAUUCUUUGGCAGAGGGAUGCCCAUGAAUGGAAUGGGGAUGAUGCCAACGCCAGGCAUUGAUGUGCCUAACAGGGGAAUAUGGUCAGAUCCUAGUAUGGGUGGAUGGGGUGGCGAGGAGCAUGGUGGUGGGAGAGCUGGAGAGUCUAGUUAUGGGGAGGAAGCUGCAUCUGACCAUCAAUAUGGUGAGGUCAAUCAUGAUAGAGCAGGUUGGCCAAAUGCUGUGAAGGAAAAGGAUAGAGGUUCAGAAAGGGACUGGUCUGGAUCUUCUGAUAGAAGGUAUCGAGAUGAUAGAGAUCCAGGUUAUGAUCGGGAAAUGCCUAGAGAAAAAGAUAUGGACCAUGACCAUGACUGGUCUGAAAGAAGGAGCCGUGAUGAUAGAGAUAUUGGUCGAGAACGGGAUCGAGAGCGCUCACGGGAUCGAGAGCGUUCCCGGGAUCGAGAGCGCUCCCGGGAUCGGGAUCGGGAUCGGGACUGUGAGAGGGAUCGUGAUAGAGAGCGUGACCGUGACAGGUAUAGAGAAGACAAAGAGAGGCAGGCAGAUCAUCAUAGGUCCAGGGACCAAGAAGUGGAGCACGAGGAUGAACGUGAAAGAGGUCGGUCUUCAAGGACUCACAGCAAGUCACGGUUAUCACAAGAGGAAAGACGUUCAAGAUCAAGGGAUGCUGAUUAUGGGAAGAGACGGAGGCUUACCUCCGAAUAAUGGAUCUUGUGCUUCUUAUUUUGGCUGCUACCCAUCAACAAAGGAAAGGCACAGAAAUAUAACUAACUUUGGAUUCAUUAUGCUCAUUUGGACUCUCUUUCAAGUGGUGUUCAUGGGUCCUUGAUUUGUUAAGCCGCUUGUUCUCACUUCAUUGCUUUAAAUUUCUUGAUUGCUUCCUCACCAUAGAAGCAUGGUUUCAUUAUAGCACGAAGAAAUGUUGAAGGGCAAAAAUAGGGAACUGAAGCAGUUAAGCAGAUCUUGGGGGUUGCCUUGGAGAUAUAGAGGAUUUCUCUGGGGGAGAGAAUGCAUAGUGUUUCCCCUUUGCCUGAUUGAUGUAGCAGUCGGAGCCCUUCUUUCAAGUUUUAAGUUUUCUUUCCACUUAUGUUUUAGUUCUUUAGAACUUGUUGAAACCGAUGCUGUUGUUGUUGUUGUUGAUGAUGAUGUCUUCAAAUUGCUGGAGUCUGAAAUGUGGUAGAUUACGUUAGAUUUGAUGCAUGAAUGAUGAUGUAGUAGGAUUAGCUCAUAGAACGUUGGUAAUGUGCCCUUUUCAAUUGUAUUUUGGUUGUAUCCUCUUAAACCCUUUUUUGUUGUUUCGAGAAUACCAUGUUAACCAUGCAAUUUUUUUGAGGUUGUAGAGUACUAACAAUCCAAUUAAUGCAAUCAUAUCUACCCAGAGAGUUGUACAGUAAA